AUGACGAGACAGCGCGAGGAGCAGAAGGAGAGGGAGGGAGGAAACGUGGAGGGAGGGAAAGAGCGAAGCAGCGGUGGAGGGUGGGCGGUGAGACGGUUCCGGGUUGCUUCUCUUCUGGAUAUUUGUUUCUGUCUUGUCAGCCUCAGGAGUCGCGCCCAACCCGACUACACGUGGCAGGGACUAUCGAUGCAGGUCCACGAGCAGAGUCCCGUACCUGAUGAUUCCUGGGAUCUCGUCUGGACGAUCGACGACUCGGAAUCCUUUGCGAAGCAUCGACACCGUAUAGGCUAUGUAUGCAGUGACAACGCAACAAAGAGUUUGCGGUUUCCGCCAGCGCUACGAGGGGAGGGAGACUUUAUGAACUCGCUCUCUCAUUUGAUUAUUACAGCAUCGGGUCAUGCAGCCCGUCGAUCGGCGGGAAUCGACGAGGCUUACCGGUCUACUAACUAUCCUAGAGGGGGGGUUGGAUGA